AUGGAAAUUUCGGAAAAGGUGAAGAAAUUGAUCGAUGACGAAUUGAAGGAUCUCGAUGACUCGUCGGAAAAAAUUUCCGAAGCUUUCACCUGCUGCGUUUGCCUGGAUCUUCUUUACAAGCCUAUAGUGCUGGCUUGCGGUCAUGUUUCCUGUUUUUGGUGCGUGCACAAAUCCAUGAGUGGUUUGCGCGAGUCUCAUUGUCCUAUCUGUAGGAAUCCCUACCAUCACUUUCCGACUAUUUGUCAGAUGCUUCACUUCAUUCUCCUCAAGAUGUAUCCUAUUUCGUAUAAGAGAAGAGAAAUCCAAAUCUCAGAAUUUGAAAGAGAAGCCGACUGCUUCUCUCCACAAUUGGAGGAUCGUGUAUGCAAAGGACAAACUGAGCAAGAAGCAUGUCAUGCCAAUAAUUCUCAAAUGCGAGUGGAUGAUACUGAAGCAAGCAGUUUUGUUGUUGAUCAUGGUGAUUUCCACCCGACAGUUGCUAAUGGAACCUGCCAAACAAUUACAGUUGAUGAUGCAUUAUGCACGUUUUGUAACCAACUCGUCUACCAUCCAGUUGUACUCAAUUGCGGACAUGUUUUCUGUGAAAGCUGCACUCUAGUCCAGAAAAAUGAGAUGAUCAAAUGUGCGAAGUGUGAAAUCGCACACCCUGGACGAAUCCCAAAAGUCUGUUUGGAACUCGAUAAUUUUCUGGAGGAGCAAUUUCCAACCGAGUAUGCUCUAAGAAAAAGCUCUGUUCAGCUCAAACAGUCAUGCGGCCAGCAAGAAAGUCCUAGCACAUGUUCAGCAGGCGAUGCCAAAGAAAGUUCUCCUGUGUUGACUUCAUCUGGAGGGCAUCCUCUGUCAUGGUGGGGUGAUCACAAAGUCCACAUCGCAGCAGGUUGUGAUUCUUGUGGGAUGUUCCCAAUUAUUGGGGAUAGAUACAAAUGCAAGGACUGUGUAGAGGCUAUUGGCUUUGACCUGUGCGGAGAUUGUUAUAACACUCGCUCAAAGCUCCCUGGUCGCUUCAAUCAGCAGCACACCCCAGAGCACCAAUUCGAGUUAAUGAGACCGAAUUCUAUACGCAACAUAAUGUGGAGGUUGCUAAGAGAUGUUUCUUCAGCUCCUAGUUCAACUCCUGACACUCCAGAAAGUGGAGUAACUGUAGUUCCAUCUUUGUCUGAUGAUGCACGGGAAUCUGCAGAAAGUGGUUUUGUUACCCCCAGUGAGACUGGUGACACAGAGGAGGACCAGAGUAACGACCAUGAGGAAGAUUCCAUGUGA